AUGGCCCCUUUACACUCGUACGCGUACGCUAGUAGUUCGGAAGCGGCCGCGUACGCUAGUAGUUCGGAAGCAGCCGCGUUAUUAUCCGACGGUCUUGUCGUGUCUGCUGAUUAUGUAUCGAGCACAGUUGCUGAGGUAUCUUUUUGUACUUUUCUGUCGCGGAUGGGCCAGAUUGAGAGGGGUGAUACACUGAAGACAGACCGCGGAGGUUGCACUUCAGAAGUGGCUGUUGGUUAUGUGCUUGAUAUUAUCGCCGAGGUAUCUUUUUGUAUUUUUCUGCCGGGGAUGGGCCAGAUUAGGAAGGGCGGUACGAGGGUGGGACUUGGCGUUGGUGUUUUGGAACAUCAAAGAUGGACAGGGUUUUCGCGGAGGUCGCUCCUCAGAUAUCUCCACAACUACAGAUCGGGGAUCUUCCAAAAUCAAGAAGAUUGGUGCAUAUGGCUAGGUCUCUUCACCUUACAAUUUGUAUGGCAAUUUGGCCCGGGGUUGUGGUGUGGUAGGGGAGAAUGGGGGAUAAUCCCACGCAGGAGUUCCGAACGACGUCUGGUUCACGUUUGGCUGGAUAACUCCACCACCACACGGGGUAUGCGGUCGGCGAUGGGGUCAAAAUGCUCGUAUGAUCGAGGGCUUUUCGAUGGAUCUAUCGGCGGGUUCUUAUUCGAAAAAUCGAGCGAGUUCGUGGUGGAGCGGUUGAAUCAAAAAGAUUUGGAGAUCAGUUGA